CUGCCUUUCAGAAAAUGGAGGGCUGAAUUGGCCCCCAACAUGAAGCGUUGCAGACCUCAAGGAAUAGAUUUACACCCUCAGUAAAGCAUAGAGAAAGUACAGGAAGCCAUUCUAGGAGGAGGGCCAUGUUAGUUUCUGGUGGCAAAAAGAACCAUGUCCACAUAUGCCUAUAUGGGAUGGAAGAUCGAUAUGUAUGGACCUACGUAACACAUACAAGUCCUGCGGUGGUCCUUACAGUGUGUCUCACAUCUAAUCUGCAUCAACUCCCAACCGAGUGAAAGAAAAGGCAGAGAUAAGAACAUUUCAGGCAAGCAAACGGAGCAACACGGACUCUGUCGACCAUCCCUCCCACCUUGCUAAGAAACAGAGGGGAGAUCUUAGGUGAGAUUCACUGGGAAAAUCCCAGCGUUGCUUUGGUUUAGGUGCGGGCACCUUGGUAGCUCAUGUAAGGUGUCUCCUAGGUAUUGUUUGGGCUAUUUUUGGAGCUGGAGAACGAAACUUCCUCUCUUCUUCACUUCUUUAUCCUUCAUCCAACAGGUGCUGCCUGGAAAAACCUGUGGCCAAAGUUUUGCUUGCAAAUUCUCUCUGGAUAGAAAGCCCUGCAAGGGAGCAGCCCCCAGAAACCAUGCAGGGGGAGAAACCCUUUGACCGAACCCCCCCUCAGGGGAAGCUGGGGAGACUCACCACAUGCUCUCAGUGCAGGAAAACCUUUACUCACCGGUCUCUCCUUUUGAUCCACCAGACGGUGCACACAGGGAAUGGAUCACAUCUGUGUUUGGAGUGUGGGAAAUCCUUUCGUGGAGUGUGGGGCUUUGCCAAACAUCUCAGGAGCCACCCCGGACUAAGGCCCUACAAAUGUGGAGAGUGCGGAAAGCGUUUUGCUGAAGGCUCGGAUCUUGGAGCCCAUCAGCGAAUCCACCGGGGAAGGGGGCCUCAGGAAUGCCGGAAGCGCCAGAAACGUUUUCCUGUGAGAUGGUGUCUUUAUAAGCCUCAGAACAGCCCAACUGAAGAGAAGCCCUGCAAGUGUGUGCAGUGUGGGCUGUCCUUUUCUCAAACAUCUGAGCUUCUAAAACAUCAGCAAAUUCACACCGGAGAGAGACGUUAUAAAUGUCUGGUGCGUGGCAAAUCAUUUAAUGAAAAAUUGAUCCUUAAGAACCAUGAGAAGAUUCACACAGGAGAGAAACCUUACAAGUGCUGGCAGUGCGGGAAGGGCUUUACUUGCAACUCACAGCUUUUGGUCCAUGGAAAGGUUCACACAGGAAUAAAACCUUAUAAAUGCUUUGAGUGUGGGAAACAUUUUGCUCGAAGUUCAUAUCUUCGGAGCCAUGAGAAAACACACAGAGGGGAGAAAAACGAAAAGUGCCUAGAAUGUGGGAAAUGUUUUUCUGCCAAAUCAACCCUGUUCCGGCAUCAGAGAGUUCACACUGGAGUCACGCCCUAUAAAUGCCGAGUAUGUGAGAAACGAUUUGUGGAUUCUUCUGGACUUCGUAGACACGAGAUGAGGCACAAAGGAGAGAAACUGUAUAAAUGUGAGGAGUCUGGGAAAUGUUUUUCCUGGAAGCCAUAUCUUGUUUCACACCAGUGUGUCCCCUCAGGUGAGAAACCAUACAAGUGUGCAGAAUGUGGGAAAUGUUUUAUUCAAAAGGCAAGACUUUGGGAACAUCAGAAUAUUCACACUGGGGAAAAACCUUAUCAAUGCAUUGAGUGUGAAACAUUUUUUCGUACGAUAUCAGGCCUAAGACGUCACGUCAAACUUCACACAGGGGAAAAAAAUUACAAAUGUUUAGACUGUGGGAGAGCAUUUGCUUGUCAAUCUUCCCUUAGCAGUCACAGCCGUCUAAUGCAUAUAGGAGAGACGCCCCAUAAAUGCUUGGAGUGCGAUAAAUGUUUUUCCGGGAAAGCAACUCUUUUGAAGCAUCAGAGAAUCCAUACAGGAGAAAAACCUUAUCAAUGUCUGGAGUGUGGGAAAUCUUUUCCUCAAAAAGAAAAUCUUAGAAACCAUGAGAGACUUCACACAGGAGAGAAACCUUACAAGUGUGUGCAAUGUGGGAAGGAGUUUACUCGUAACUCACGGCUUCACGUCCAUCAGAAGCUUCACGCAGGAAUAAAAUCUUAUAAAUGCUUUGAGUGUGGAAAAUGUUUCACUCAAAGUUCAUCUCUGUGGAGGCAUAAGAAAAUACACAAGAAGGAGAAAAAUGAAAAGUGCCUCGAAUGUGGAAAAUGUUUUUCCCAGAAAUCACACUUGGUGCGACAUCAGAGAAUUCACAACGGAAAGAGACCCUAUGGAUGCCCAGAAUGUGAGAAACGAUUUGUGGAUUCUUCUGAACUUCGGAGACACCAGAAGGGGCACAAAGGACAGCAACCUUAUAAAUGUGGGGAGUGUGGGAAAUGCUUUUCUCAGAAACAACAGCUUGGGAGCCAUCAGCGGGUUCAUACGGGAAUGACACCAUAUCGCUGCAUAGAAUGUGGGAAAUAUUUAUCCACCAAAUCAAGUCUGGCACGACAUCAGAGAGUUCACACCGGAGAGAGAACCUAUGGAUGCCCAGAAUGUGUGAAGCGGUUUGUGGAUUCUUCUGAACUUCGGAGACACCGGAAGGGGCACAGAGGAGAGAAACCGUAUAUAUGUAGGGAGUGUGGAAAAAGUUUUAUCUCAGCAACACAGGUUCUCCUUCAUCAGAGAAUCCACACAGGGGAGAAGCCAUACAAAUGUGGGGAGUGUGGGAAAUGCUUUUCCCAAAAACAACACCUUGGAAGGCAUCAGAGGGUCCAUACAGGAGUGAAGCCAUAGAGGUGCAUAGAAUGUGGGAAAUGUUUUGCUCAAAAGGCAGUACUUUGUGAACAUCAGAAAACACACAUGGGAAAAUCCUUAUCUAUUGUUGGAAUAAAAUGCUUGCUUAUCAGAAACUUGAUUCAGGCUUCUGCAGUGUGGCCAGGCCAGUGGCCAGCACACGAACCAGAAACCUAGGAUGAGGGAAGGUACCAGAUAAUAAAAGCACCUAAAAGCACGAUAAGGCGAUCACUGCUUGAGAAAUACCUGAU